UCCCUCGUGUUUCUGUCACUCACAAGCAAACCCCCACCUUUUAAAUCCCUCUCUUCGCGUUUGAAUUUCAUUUUUGGAAUAACAACAACGUAAUAAAGGUUACAAAAAAAGAAAAUGGAAACUAAUUAAUUGCAAAAAAAAAAAAAAAAAAAGCGUAUUUAACCAGAGUCAGCUAACCAUGGUUUAUGAUGCCAUAUUAACGUUCAGAAACUAGUGGGCUUUAAUACAGGGCAUAACAGAAAAAGUCGCGUACUAAUAAUUAAAGAGUACAAUUCCUCUGAAUUUUCCCGGCGAUCGAAUUUCUCCGUCAGGAGUUAGCCUUAUGUUUCGCGAUGCAGUUGACCGGAGCGUGAAGCGACGCGCCGCCAACGCCAUGGCGCAUAGAGUCGUAGUCGCCGUGAAAGCCGAGAAGCUGAUCUCCAAGUCCGCAUUAGCCUGGGCUCUGAACCACGUCGUUCAUCCCGGCGAUUGCAUAACUCUGCUCGCUGUCUUGUCCGGCGAGAGAACUGGUAAGAGAUUCUGGAGGUUUCCGAUAUUGGCCGGCGAUUGCGGGAGCAACCGGCGGGAGAAGUUGCCGGAUCGGAUUUGUCAGAUCUCGGAGUCGUGUUCGCAGAUGGUGCUUCAGUUUCACAACCAAAUCGAGGUUACUGUGAGGAUUAAGGUGGUGUUAGGUUCGCCAGCGGGUGUAGUGGCGGCUGAAGCAAAGGGCAAUGGAGCCAACUGGGUCAUACUGGACAAAAAAUUGAAGCAAGAGCUGAAGCAUUGUAUAGAGGAACUGCGCUGCAAUAUUGUAGUGAUGAAAGGUUCUCAACCAAAAGUCCUCAGGCUCAAUUUAGCGUCCUCAGAUGGACUGGAAACUCCAUUCUUUUCUGCUGCUUCUUCACCUAUGAUGGACUUUGGAAAGAUUCAAGGUUUUAAGAUGAAGCAUUCAACUCCAGUGAGCAGCCCUGAUGAAGCAAGUACCUCCUACAGAAGAAUAUCAAAGGAAGACUCCUUAUCAAGUUUCAAUAGCGCUGCUUCUGCUUUCCUUGUCUAUGAACAGAAUCCUCUUUUUGAAGGACCACAGAAAGGAACAUAUGACAGACUAAUUGAUGAGCAAAAUGAUUUUGAAGAGUCAUUAUCGCCAAUUGAUUCAAACCAAGAGAGGCUUAUAACUCUGUCUAGAAUCCCAAGAACAACUACAGCUAGUAAUCAGAGCGUCUUUUGGAUUCCAGAAAACCACAUUGUUGAUGGAAAGCAUCCCAAACCUCAAAAUCAUAGAAAUCCUCACAAAAUUAGAUCUUUCAAUAAACUUAUGUUUGAUAAAGAUUUGUGUAAGGGUAGAGUUGGGUUUAACCAGACAUAUAACAAGGACUACAUUAAUUCAAGCAUUAGGGAUGCCAUCUCUGUCGGAAGAACUUCAUCGGUUCCUCCUCCUUUAUGCUCUCUAUGCCAACAUAAAACACCAAUGUUUGGAAAGCCCCCAAAACAAUUCUCGUAUAAAGAGUUAGAUGAGGCUACAGAUGGGUUCUCAGAUAUCAAUUUUCUGGCAGAAAGUGGUUUUGGCGUGGUUCACAGGGGAGUAUUGAGAGACGGCCAGGUUGUUGCAGUGAAGCAAUUGAAGUUCGGUGGGUCUCAAGCAGAUGCUGACUUCUCCCGCGAAGUCCGGGUUUUGAGCUGUGCACAGCACAGGAAUGUUGUGUUGCUAAUUGGCUAUUGUAUUGAGGGCAACGUGAGGAUGUUGGUUUACGAAUACAUAUGCAAUAGUUCUUUGGAUUUUCAUUUACAUGGAAACGAAAGCCUUUUGGAAUGGCACGCAAGGCUAAAGAUCGCAACAGGCACAGCCCGUGGCUUACGAUAUCUUCAUGAAGAUUGUAGAGUUGGUUGCAUAGUCCACAGAGAUCUCCGACCCAACAAUAUCCUCCUAACCCAUGAUUUUGAACCUAUGGUUGCAGAUUUUGGUCUUGCUAGGUGGCAUUCUGAGUGGGAUAUCAGCACUGAGGUUCAAGUCUUUGGAUCUGCCGGGUAUCUUGCUCCAGAGUAUGUCGACGGUGGACAAAUAACGCAUAAAAUUGAUGUGUAUGCAUUUGGAUUGGUCUUAUUGGAGCUAAUGACAGGUCAAAGAAUCGCCAAGUUGAAACAUACUACUGAACAUCAUUUUUUGGUUGAUUGGUUUUUCCCGCUAGCUGCACUGGAAUCAAACAACAUAAUGCCAAAUUAUUAUCAGAUACUGGAUCCAACCUUGGCUUCUGAGCAAUCCCCUGACUUCCUUCGCCAGCUCGAAGCAAUGGGUCGCGCCGCUUCUUUGUGUCUGCUUCGAGACCCUGAAUCCAGACCCCAAAUGUCAAAGAUACUAAGAGUGCUAGAAGGAGGAGAUCUACUUGUUCCUCUCGGCUCAGACAUGAACACAGUGGGAAGUAGAAGUGGGCAUUUGCAAGGUCUGAGCUCGCGUGUACAACCUGAACUAAGAAUCAGCCAUUCUCGCAAGCUUUCACAUUAAAAUUUUCAUUUGGGAGGGAGAAAAUAGAGAUUAAACUUAAAAUUAUUCUUCUAAAAUGAUUGUCAACGGAAUUGCAUUUUACACCGAAGAGUGGAUGUGUAGUUUCUUUUACGUGAUUAUUUGUAUUUUUGAAAGUGCCCCGAUUGUUUUCUUUUUUACAAGAAAUUAUGAUUUAGCCACACAAAUGCCCGGUUAUUUGUUGUAUAAUUAGCAUAGCUGUUUUCCGUUCUCAAGUCAUUUGAGAAUUUUUACACGCUGUACUAUAUAUAUAAGUUUA